AUGGCACUUUCUCCAGCGCCAUCUACGCCGGUCGACAACAUAGUGGAGAACCCCCAGGAAGACCUGUUAAAUGCCUUGUCUGCGUUGCAUUUUGGCGGGAAAUACUCGGAUUUGACGAUCACAUGCAACUACAGACAAUGGGCGGUUCACAGAGCCAUUGUGUGCUCGAGGAGCGGUUUCUUCGACGGCGCUUGCAGCAGUGGGUUUCUUGAAGCGGCGUCGGGUGAUGUGGACCUGAGUGAGGACGACGAGGACGCUGUUGAGCAGAUGAUCCAUUUCUUCUACCACCUCGAUUACAUGAGCCCGCAAGCGCCCAAGCCAAUCACCAUGUUCAGACACCGCGCACGUUCUUGCGCUCGACGCAGACUACCGAGAAAACUCGACCUCACGCACAUCGAAGACCCUCUGCUCGCGCUAGCUGCGUGCUACGACCCUGAAGAUGCUUCGCCAACAUCACCAACGGAUAGCCACCAGAGCUUCAGCCUAUCGGAAGACAAGCCACAACUGCUCAGAACGAGGAGUAGCAGUGUACCAUCACUUGCUUACGACAGUGAGAGCGAUGAGGAGUCGAGCGACAUCGACGAGCUACCCGAAGCCGAGCCCUCGCACCUCCUUCUUCAUACGAGAGUCUACGCUCUCGCGGAGAAGUACGAUAUCCCAUCGUUGAAGCAACUGGCAAAGAAAAAGUUCGAAAUGGAAAUGGCUUGCUACUUUGACUCGCCGGAGCUGGCGGAGGCUAUCGAAGAUGUAUACUGCUCGACGAUCGACUCAGAUCGAGGAUUGAGGGACGUUGUUAUCGAAGCGUUCAAAGCACAUCCAGAGCUGGAGAGCACGCAGGAUGUGUACGCUGUCGUCCACAGCACGCCGACGUUGGAAAGGGAACUAUGGAAGAUCCAACGAGGGUUGCCUGUCUGA